AAAUGGGUUCCACAAGUUGUCUCGGGUCCAUCCUUCGCGGUUUCUUCUUUGUAUGUGACAUAUGCCUCCUCCACCUUGUUGAUCAUCUCAAUAUCAUGAGCAUCACAUCAACACUACUUUGAAUACUCGCAUUGCAACAAACUCUUCAAGCUCAAUCCAACUCCAUAUUCCUUGCACCACAAAGUCCUAUCAACGCCAAUUGUAUUGCCUUCAACGAACCUUCCAACAAAAAUCUUUGCUGAUCUCUCAAACUCAGUUAGUGCCAAAAAAAUGUGGGGAAGCAUAAAAUUUGGAUAGAGGGGACAAUCUGGGGUUGAGGAUUUUGACAAGUAGUGGGGUUGGUUGUUCAGUUGAAGUACUAUAUUAUGGAGGAAUUUUUGUUUUGGGGGUUGAGAAAAUGGAAAGAGGAGAAAAUUCUGCUGUGAAAAAGAAUGCAAGGUCAUGUGUUGAGCACUAGAGCUUUGCUUAAUUUAUGUUUUCAAUUUCAACCAUAAUGCUGCAGGUUUGGUCAUAGAGAAAUACUUCAAGGUUACAAGUUGUAAAGUGGCUAAUACUACAAGGGCGUUUGCUAGAGGAGAAAUUUUUUUAAAUCCGAAAAAUAAUCAUUACCAGAAUGCGCUGUUUUAUUGAAUCUGGCUUAGUGGCUCUCUGCCGCUGCACACAAGUGGAGAAGCCUGUCAACCCUUGCAAACUGCAAAGGCAGUUUAAGGUACAAGAGAAUCUGCCAUGGAAUUAACUUGUGCUGCUAGUGCCAUGGAAUGGAGCAUCCAACUUGAGAAGGGCCUUCGUUCUAGUAAACCAGAUGUACCUGUCAAAGCCAUAUUGCAGAUGGUGCCCCACCUUCAGCAAUGGAGUAGAGAGCUCGAAUCUGGCAUUGCUUCGAAUGCCAUGUUUGGUCUUGUGCCAGGAGAAGAUAGGCUAUUUGCCAAUGCCAUCCUGUUACGCCUUGCUGAUGCCUUUAGGGGAGGUGACAAAGAAAUCAGGGUUUCUGUUGUUAAGGUUUUCUUGAUUGAACGAAAGCAUCCUGAUAAUGGGAAGCAUAAGCAGUGUAAAGGGUUACUGUCAAAGGCCAGAGUAGCUAACCACUUGGAGUUGUUGAAGCGAGUGAAAUCUGUUUAUGACAGUGGGGAUUUGGAGUCCAAGGCACUGGCUUUGGUUCUGUUUGGUUGUUGGACUGAUUUUGCCAAUGACAAUGCUCAGAUACGAUACUUGAUACUUUCGAGCCUUGUUUCUCCUCACGAUUGUGAGGUAAGAGCAUCAUUGUUUGCUGCUGGAUGUUUUUGUGAGAUAUCAGAUGAUUUUGCAUGUAUUACAUUGGAGAUGCUGUUAAAUAUGAUGAAUUCACCUGCAGUUUCGUUGCCUGUAAAGUUGGAUGCAGCACGAGUUUUUACAAAAUUGAAGUGCUCAUAUUCAGUUGCAACUAAAGCAUAUAAGACCGGUCUAGAGUUGAUAUUAAGUUCUUCAAAUGAAGAUUUGUUGGUAGCUCUGCUAUUUUCAGUUUCAAAACUGGCUUCAGUUUCUACACUUCUCACCUCCAAUCUGGUGGACUAUCUUCUUUCAUUUCUCAAACGAGAAAUAACUUCACAUGUACAAGAAACAGCAGUAAGUUGCUUGAAUUUUUUAAUCAGAAAAGGAGUAUGUCAGUAUACUCCAGCUCUAAAGCUUUGUUGUAGCACUUCCUUCCAGGUCCUGGAAGGACAGACCCUGGAGCAGUCACCAUCCGAAUAUCAAGCUGGGAAAUAUGAUUGGACAGAUGAUGAAAUUGUUGUUCUGAACAAGUUGUUUUCGGAUUCCGGAGUACAUUUUUAAAGUAAUGUGGCUUACUUGGCAUUAAUAUAAACUUUUUAAUUAAAUACAAAAUUCUGAGGUAUUAAUGUGCAUUUUUUUUAUUGAAAAUUUAAAUU